CUUGGCAAGAACAGCUCCUCGUCUGCAAGCGAGGUGAACAAAAUCUUCAGUAACAUUUCUGCACCACUUCUGACAUAAAAUAAAGAUCAUCUGAGCUCUAAGUAUGGACAAGAAGUUAGACCUGUCCAGACUAUCAGAAGAGGAGGCCAAACAUGUAUUGGAGGUCAUUCAGAGAGAUUUUACGCUGAGAAAAAAGGAAGAAGAGCGGCUUGGGGAGCUGAAAUCCAAGAUAGAAAAGGAAGAAACGAAGAUUGAACUCUUGGGAUCUCAAUCAAACCUGGUGGACUCUCACUGUAUCCGCUGCCUGCAACCCUUUAAGUUCCUGGUGAACAGCAAGCGCCAGUGCAUGGACUGCAAACUCUACACCUGCAAAACUUGUAGUCGCUACAACAAGAAGGAGCGUGGCUGGGUAUGCGACCCCUGCCGCAUGGCAAGGGUCCUGAAAAUUGGAACCUUGGGGUGGUAUCAUGACAACAUACGCUCUCGCUUUAAGUGUUUUGGCAGUGCAAAGGUGAUGAGGUCACUGUACAAGAGAUUAAAUGAAGAGGGGCAUCGUGAUGAUGACACACAGAGCAUGCCUGACGGCCGCAAUGUAUAUAAUGGUCAUGAUGAUGAGCAUAUUGAUGUAGCUGAAGCACAACGCUAUAAGCAGUCGCGAAAGUCCAAGCGUCUGCUCUCUGUCCACCCAACGGAUCUUGACAUGGACGAGUAUGUCACUCACUCUCGCAGACCGUCUGUCCAGUACAUCCAGGAAGAGAGAGGAAUUCAGCGGAAUGAUCUAGAAUACAGCUCUGACAUGUACCAUCACCAUCAUCAUCGCAUGAACCGGAGGACAAGCCUUGACAGGUUCUCUCGCCCAGAUGACGGCCUAUACUCUGAACACAGAAUUAUACGUGCUCGAUCUCUCUCAAAAAUCAACUCCUCAAUGGCUCCGCGCCAGAUCUACCUGGACACUUCAGAGGAGGAGGGCAUGUUUCGUGUCCCCGUCCACCAGCUGCCCCCACGACGCCGCAGUCGAGCAUCAUCUCAGGAAAACAUUCAUCUAGGACCACCACCGAUCAACGAGCUGAGCAAGAGAAUGUCUGCCAUUGAGAGUCUCUUGAAUCGACUGGAAGUCAAAAUGACUUUGCCGGCUGAUCAGCCUGUUCAGCCCACAGCAGGGCAGCUGGAGGAGGACAAGCUGAGGAGAAAACUAGAUGAGCUGAUGAGUGACAAGGCACUUUCUUCUGAUGAAGAUGAGCCAAAGUUGCCUCCUCAGUCCAAUGGGUCUACUGUGAGACAUGCACUAAAGGGGGGCCAGACACCUAUGCCCCCUGCACCCCCUGCACCCCAACAACCCUUGAGCUCCUCCAGUGAUGAGAUGCCCACUGAAGCGCAAAAGAGAUCCACUGCAGCGGCCCUUUGUGACAUCACAACCGAGAUUCUAAGAACAAUUAAUGCCACCGAAAGCGCUAUGAACGAGUUGGCCCCCUCGAAUCCUAUUGACAGACUUCAGUUAGCGGGCACAGAUGUUAAGCAGGCUGAUGAUGCGUACAGGGAACUUGAGGAAAAUGUGUACUUGGCUGCUGGGACGUUCUUCGAUAUGGAGAGGAAGUUGCGAACGAUUGAGCAGAAUGCUAAAAAUCACUACAGUGGCCCACUCACUGAUUCAGAACUCUCUGAACUGGAGGACCAGGUCUCUUUGGCAGCCGCUAAAUUUCAGAGCACGGAGAGUGAGGUCUCAGACAUUGAGAAUAAGAUAGCAGCUCUAAAUGUUAAAGGACUAUCAAUCGAUAAAGCCAAGAAAAAGGCACUGAGUGUACAACAAAAAAGGAAGUUUUCCCAAGAUAUGCCUUCAAACAGAGUGCAUUUUUAACUGGAAAUAGGACGUCAAUUGAUCAUUCCUGUUGCUCUAAUCAGCUCUUUAAUCAUCUACACACUUGCUUCUCCAUUCAUAUAUUCACCCAGUCCAAAAGAUAGACAGCAAAUCAUCAACAGACAAAAGUUGAGGCUCAAUCCGGUCCAUUUCUAGGGCUGUCUCAAUCACAAAAUCGUUCCAGUUUGCUCCCUAAAUGCAAAGUAAAAACCAGGGAGCAUCGUUGAUUACUAUGUUCACUUACCAUAAUGUUGCAUGUCUUCUGAAGUCGCUCAAGCCAUUAGAAGAUGAGCACAAUUGUAAAAUAAUAAAGUCAAAGCAUAAUUUUCUAUUUAAACUGAUUUGUUUGUAAUAGCUUUCACCCAGGGCCGUUUCUAGGCAUAGGCGAACUAGGCAGUCACCUAGGGCGGCACCUAUUGGGGGGUCUUGCUCCCCAAAUACCCCGCACCCCAGAUGGUCUGAAACAGCCCUGCUUUCAUCCAUAACGACCAUGAAAUGAUAUCAAUUUCAUAAUAAUAUUGCACAUCUGAAUAUCUACAAUGAAAAUGCAUGACAGUGUCAUUUAUACAGCGAUGUUGUUCAUUAAUACCAGGCCAGAUGUGCUUUAAUGCACAAGCUCAUAAUGGCAUCACAGGUGAUUGACUCAUAAGUGUCCCAAUGUUCAGUGGAACAGUACCCUUGCCCAAAUGUAUGUACAGUACAUAAUAUAUUCAUUCACGACAUAGGGAGCUAACUGAUAACACCCAAGACAUAAUAAUAUGGUGACCCCAAUGGACAGUGUCAAUAUUCGACCUUCUUCAACUACAGUAUGUGUUUUAUACAGUAUAAAGAUUAUUCAUGUUCUUACUGGUACAACUUGGAUCACUUUACAGAACCAGGAAUAACACACUAAACAAAUGUAGUUAACUGAAAACACUACUGUACAUUUUCAAAGCUCUCUCUAAUGACUUCUAUUUGGCUUACGUUAGUCCUUGUGAAGAUAUCUAACUUUGUUCCCAUGUUACUUGGUUAAAUGCUUUAUUUAAAAUGUCAAAAUUCUUUGGCAUUGAUCUUGCCUUAGCACUCGCACACUCUUUGUGUCUUGUGUAUAAUAUCAGAUAUAAAUAAAUAAAUAAAAUAAUUAGCAUGUUGAUGACUGACUUUGCAUUGCUUUUCCUCAAAUUAACUUUUUACCUUUUCGAAUUUAUGUCAAUAAACCCUUAUGUUGUGUUCUGGUCAUUCUGACCCUGACAACGUUUUUUUCGUUGUGUUCACAGUCAAAAAUGACCGGCCAUUGGAAAUGAACUACAAUAUAAAUAAAUACUAAGUGUUCAGGAGUAUCCCAAUUCUUUAGAUGAGCACAUAAUUGGAUGUUUGUUUGCACAUACAACACACACACACAUACAACACAAACUCACAUACAACACACACACACACACUCACAUACAACACACACACAACACAAACUCACAUACAACACACACACACACACUCACAUACAGCACACACACACACUCACAUACAACACACACACUCAUAUACACACACACACACACACACACACUCACAUACAACACACACACACACACACACUCACAUACAACACACACACUCACAUACAACACACACACACACACAUAACACACACACACACAAUGUGUGUUGAGCGGCCUUUUGUGCAUGUCUAUUCCACACUCUUUGAGGAAUAUUUCAAGAUCUGCUUAUCAUGGUAUGUUGCGUUUGGGCUUGUUUGAAUCAGGAAAGUCUGCUGUGAGUUUUGUUGUGUCAUUGUCUAUGUUA